CGGGAGAGAAGACAUUUCAAAAUGGGUCCCAAGAAGGGCGUCGAGAACUCCAAGAAGGCAGCCGGAAACGCCCGCAAAGCGGAAGCGGCUGCCGCUAAGAAGGCGGUUGAGGAUCAGAAGCGUGCAGCUGAGGAGGAUAAGCAGUGGGCGAAGGGUGCUAAGGGUAAUGCUAAGAAAGAAGCCGAGGAAGCCAAGAAAGCAGACGCAGCCCGUAAGAAGGCCGAACGCGAUGCUCUACUCGCCGCCGAAGAAGCCUCCCAGCCCUCGAAGCCUAAGGGCAAAUCGAACCAACCGGUCAAGAAGUCCCGCGGAUUGGAUCUUUCCCAGCUUGACGACCAGCCUGCGUCUCGUAAGGGAACGGCUCUCAAUGCCUCGGGUAUCGAUAACGCGUUGGACGCCCUGUCAUUGACGGGCAAGGAUGCAGGGAAGAUCGAUCGCCAUCCGGAGAGACGGUACAAGGCUGCUUAUGCGGCGUACGAGGCGCGCAGGAUGCCCGAGGUGGAGCAGGAGAAUCCUGGUCUGCGGAGGCAGCAGCGUAUGGACCUCAUUAAGAAGGAAUUCGACAAGAGUGAGGAGAAUCCUUUCAACCAGGCACAUGUCGCAUUUGAUGCAUCGAAGGAUGAGAUUGCCGCUGUUCGCGAUGCGGAGAGGAAGAAGACAGAGGCCAGAUUGACGAGAUAAGGCCGCUUUCGUUUCUUAUUUCGUUUCAAUUGGGGUUUGGCAUGAUCGUUUAAGGAGGGGGUGCUCCUCUGGGCGCUCUAGUUCGCACAGGACGUUUGAGAUGGGUCCUGUUGUCUUGAUAUACCCGGCUUUGGCUUCUUGAUUUCAUGGUGAGUUCACGGCGGUGGACUUAAGUGGGAGAAUGCCAUGUCUAAACUGCGUCACCGUGGAAGGUGAUUCGUAUACUUAUAGUGAUGAUUGAUGUCGGAUAGUAUAGAUUUGUCUAACGAAAAAAAAAAACAAAAGCAUAUUCUAUACCCCAAGU